CCUUGGCCUUUAUUUACUCUUCCUUUCUCAGGUGCAUAUAAAAACGGACGCAUCGGACAUUUCUUCAGUCUUACAGUGAAUCAGACAACAGAAAGCCUUGAGCGCAUUUUGAACCAAAGUGAUUAUUAUCCUUUCCGCAUACACAUAAGUGUUCAAGCGUACAACCGAUGAAGCAACUAUGGAAAGCCGUGUUUUUGAUGGCUAUGGUCCAUCAAGUCAUAUCACUUGCGAUAACGAAAGCCGCUGAAAAGAAGAAAAUGGUGUGUUACUAUGGUAGCUGGGCUGUAUAUCGACCAGGAAAUGGCAAGUUCGAUGUCGAGAACAUCGAUCCGUUUCUCUGUACCCACAUAGUCUACGGCUUUGCUGGUUUAGAAUCGGAUAAUACUAUCAAGGUUCUAGAUCCGUACAACGACCUUAAAGAAAACUGGGGCAAAGGGGCAUAUCUUCGAUUUACUGGGUUGAAGAAGCAGAAUCCUGAUCUCAAGGCACUUAUUGCAAUUGGCGGAUGGAACGAAGGGUCUGAAAAAUAUUCGCAGAUGGCAGCCGAUCCGACCAAACGAACAGCUUUUGUGAAUUCGGUUGUCAAAUUCCUUAUAACUUAUGGUUUUGAUGGUUUCGAUUUCGAUUGGGAAUACCCAUCAAACAGAGGCGGCAGCAUAACAGACAAGAUUAACUUUGUCCACGUUCUUCGAGAACUGAAAGCGGCGUUCCUUCCAUACGGCUUUCUCCUUACCGCAGCCGUGUCCCAAGGCAAAUCAACAAUUGAUUCGGCAUAUGACAUCCCCGCUGUUUCAAGCGUUUUGGACCAAAUUCAUGUGAUGGCAUAUGAUUAUCACGGCGCCUGGGAAACUUUUACUGGGCUCAAUGCGCCACUUUAUGCUAACCCGACAGUCGAAUCCGGAAGCAAUUUACUCUUGAACGUGAACUGGACCGUCAACUAUUGGAUCUCCAAUGGUGCUCCACCUUCCAAAAUCAUUUUGGGCAUGGGUCUUUAUGGCCGUGGAUUUACGUUGGCCUCAUCCACACAAAACGGCUUCUACGCUAACGCUCCCCAACCUAUCCAAGCUGGACCGUAUACCCGAGAAAGUGGAACAUGGGGUUACAACGAGAUUUGCGAGAAGUUUAAGGCCGAUCCAUCUUGGACUGUCGUCCGUGAUCCUUAUUACCAAGCACCGUACGCUUACAGAUCAAACCAAUGGAUUGGCUAUGACGAUCAACAAUCACUUAAGCUUAAAACAGAGUACGCCAUGUCAAUGAAUUUGGGUGGAGCUAUGGUGUGGUCGAUUGAAACGGACGACUUUAGAGGCCUUUGUCAUAACGUGCCUUUUGUACUUAUUAAAACAAUCACUGAAUCUAUGAAUUGGCCGACAACGAACACGACAAGUAGUACUUCUGGUCCUGUAACAACUCCAGCUCCUACAACUGCCCCACCAGUUACGACACCAGUCUCUACAACUGCCCCACCGGUUACAACAAAAACCCCCACCACGUCAGCUCCGGUCACAACCCCUCCGACUGCGGCCCCUAUUACUACUGUUCCUGCUGCAACUACCACCCUUUGCGGAAACCCUACCACGACUGCAUCUGCGUAUACCACUGUACCACCGAUAAGGACGACAGCUGGAACACCUCCUCCGAAUACGCUUUGCAAAUCGGAAGGUCUUAAUCCUGAUCCAUACGACUGUGGAAUUUUCUAUACAUGCCUUGAUAAUGGCCUGGGUGGCUGGACGAUUUACACGCAAAGAUGUGCAACUGGAACGGCGUUCAGUGACGAUCUUAACACCUGUACCUAUCCCAAUCAGGUACCUGGCUGUGAAACAUACACCGGUUGCAGAGCUUUUCAUAAUACGGAUUAUCGAGAGUUCCGGAAGAGUGAAUUCGUCUUAAAAAUGAAACUGCCAAUUGCGGUUUUGGUGCUUAUAUCCUUGUUAAAUUUAUCUGCUUCCAUAUCCGUGAGAUCGAAAGUUGAAAAGAAGAAGAUGGUCUGUUACUACGGAAGCUGGGCUGUUUACCGCCCGGGAGCAGGGAAAUUUGAUGUCGAAGAUUUGGAUCCAUUUAUUUGCACUCACAUCAUUUAUGGAUUCGCUGGACUUGGGUAUGAUAACACAAUUAUUUCGCUCGAUCCUUACAACGACUUGCCCGAAAACUGGGGAAAAGGCGCUAUGGUUCGUUUUACCGGGCUCAAAAACCAAAAUCCUGAACUGAAAGCUAUUCUGGCAAUUGGAGGAUGGAACGAAGGAUCGGAAAAGUACUCCAAGAUGGUAUCUAGUCCAGCUGAGAGAGCCAAAUUUACAAACUCAGUGGUCGACUUUCUCCUCAAGUACAACUUUGAUGGUUUAGACUUUGAUUGGGAGUACCCAGCUAAUCGUGGUGGAGUUUCAGCCGAUAAGGAAAAUUUUAUUUACAUGAUUGAAGAGUUGAAAACUGCAUUUGCUCCACACGGGCUAUUACUGACCGCUGCAGUUUCGGCCGGAAAAACAACUAUUGAUACUGCAUAUGAUGUACCAGCGAUGUCCAGAAUUCUGGAUCACAUUCAUAUAAUGGCGUAUGAUUUUCACGGUGCGUGGGAGGAUUUUACCGGUCAUAACUCACCGCUCUACAGCAACCCAGGCAUCGAUAACGGAGAUUUUGCCACCUUGAACCAGGAUUAUGCCGUCAACUAUUGGCUCGAAAAAGGAGCUGACCCUACGAAACUUGUUCUAGGCAUGGGUCUAUACGGGCGAGGAUUUAUUUUGAGCGAUCCAGCCAACAACGGGUAUUACGCCAGCGCAAAUCAACCCAUUUCUGCAGGACCAUACACGAGGGAGCCUGGAAUAUGGGGCUAUAAUGAGAUUUGUGAGAAAUUUGCGACCGAACCAGGCACCUGGACUGUAGUCGUUGAUCCCUUUUACAUGUCUCCCCAUACUUACAAAGGAAACCAAUGGAUGGGCUACGAUGACCAAGAUUCUCUUAAAGCCAAAGCCCAAUAUACUGCUUCCAAAGGAUUGGGAGGAGCUAUGGUUUGGUCCGUGGAAACAGACGAUUUCCAUGGCACUUGUCACGGAACACCUUUUAUAUUGAUAAAAACCAUUUACGAGACUCUGAAUGGGCCUAUCGUGUAUCCGACUCCGCCGACUGGUGAGCCAACACAAUCCACCGUUAGUGGUCCGGCACCUACCGGAGAGUUUACCACCGGGGGAUAUUCAACCACUAAAGAUCCCCGUCCGACGACUGUUACUCCUCCUCCAAGUCAAACGUGCCAAUCAGAAGGCUACUUUCCUGACCCGAACGAUUGUGGAAAAUAUUAUCUUUGUGUACCAAGCGGAGGCGAAUGGGUCAUUUACUAUUACGAAUGCGGAGCAGGAACUGUUUUCGAUCCCUCAACUAAUAAUUGCAAUUUCCCUUACAACGUUCCUGGAUGCGAGAACUAUCCCGGACAACGCGAUGUGCAACAUUAGCUUGAAACUCCUAUCGUAUAGUACUGCAAUCAAUGUCCACCAGUAGUUAAUGUUAACCAUAAAUAGAAUGAAAAACUAAA